UCCUUUCAAGUUUGUAACUCUCUCUCUCUCUCUCACUCCUCUCUUCCUUGUUUUACAAAAUGUCUCAAAUCACAAUAAAAUCUCCAAAACACUGUGCCACAAAACAAGUAAGAAUAGAGAGAAACUACAAGAAAAUCUUCUUUGCUUUCUCAACAUUUUUCACCACAAUCCUAUUGCUCAUACUUCUCAUCUAUUUCAUCCUUAAACCCUCCAAACCUCAAUUCUCCCUCCAAGAACUUGACAUCUAUCAACUAAACCUCUCAGGACCAAUCCUCAACUCCUCAAUCCAACUCACUCUUCUCUCCAAAAAUCCAAACCAAAAAGUUAGCAUUUACUACGACGAGUUUCAAGUUUAUGCAACUUACAAGAAUCAACAAAUAACUAGUGAUUCAUUUGUGCCACCUUUUUACCAAGGAACACAAGAGAGUAAUUUUUUAUCAUCUUCUUUGAUUGGAAAUGGUUUACCUGUUGCUCCUUCCAUUGGUUAUGAAUUGAGUCGUGAUCAAGUUUCUGGAAGAUUGGGCUUGAGUCUUAAAGCUAAUGGAAAACUUCGUUGGAAAAUUGGUACUUGGGUUUCUGGUCGUUACAGGUUUAAUGUUAAUUGUGAUUCUAUCGUGGCUUUUGGAAUUGGACCCACUUUGAAUGUGCCUCCUCUAAAUUCAAAACUGGGUGCUUUGUGUUCUACCACAAUUUAAACAUAGAUUAAGCAUGAUAAUAUUGCUAAGUACUCUUCAUAUAUCUCAUAGAGUUAUAUAAGUUCUUUAAAGUUUUUUUUUUUUUUUUUUAUUGGUUGGUUUUUGUAUUUUGUGGCCACUAUAUGUGAUUUUGUAAAUAAAAUAUAUGAAUGAUAAUAUAUAGGACCAAAAGUUAC